AUGCCCGUCCAGCGCAAAGAAGAAGAGACUCACGGCAACUUGACCGACCAGGUCGCCAAAGAGUCGGAAUCCUCCACCGCCUCCAACCACCCGCUUCACGACACCGACAAGGAGAAGGCGAGCAUCGAGCACCACCAGGCCAACCCGGGCCCCGCCAUCGUCCAGAACAUGCCGGCCGCCGAGAGCAAGGAGGAGUUGAAGAAGCGCUCGCACGAGCUGAACAAGCAGUCGUGA